AUGGCUCGCCCAGGCGGAGCCGGCGCGCCGCCAACCCCCAACGGCGAUGCGCCCCCCGCGCCCCCCGCGCCCGCCCGCGUCGGCCCUCACCCCGGCUUCAUCUCCAGCUCCAACCAGUACAGCUCCGAGAUCAAGAUCCGGCGCAUGCUCAAGGACAACGGGUGCGACCCCGCCCGCGAGGACACCCACCGCCUCCAGGGCGUGCAGCUGAUUGACAACGUGCGCGAGCAGCUGCAGCUACCGGUGCGCACGUUCGACACCGCCUGCACGUACUACCACAAGUUCCGGCUCAACUUCCGCGACGCCGAGUACAACUACCAGGACGCGGCCCUGGCCUCCCUCUUUGUCGCCUGCAAGGUGGAAGACACGAUCAAGAAGUCAAGAGACGUGCUGGCCGCGUCGUACCUGGUCAAGAACCCGGACAAGACCAUCGCUCCGGAUGACAAGAUCUUUGAAGCCCCCGGCAAAAUCAUCAUCGGGCUCGAGCGCCUCAUCCUCGAGACCAUCGGCUUCGACUUCCGCACGCGCUACCCGCAGAAGCUGCUCGCCAAGGUGGUCCGCCGCGUGCUGGGCAAGUCGUCGGCCAACUCGCGCGACUUCUUCGCCACCGCGUACGCCAUGUGCGUCGACAUGUACAAGACGUUUGUGCCCAUCAAGCGCACCACGCUCAGCAUGGCCAUGGCGGUGGCGGAGCUGACGGCCCGCCUGCGCGGCGAGCACCUGGAGCGCGUGCGCGAGUUCGCCUCGUCGCGCAGGCAGCACAGCCGCGACGCCGUCAUGGAGACCAUGCUGGACCUGCUGGACCUGUACGUGCAGCACCCGCGGGCCACCAAGCUGGGCGCGCGGUUCGACCUCAACGCCUUCAUCGACGUCAAGAUCCGCCUCAACCAGGACCUGGACCGCACCGCCAAGCCGCGCUACCUGCACCACUGCCACCGGUGCGAGGUCGAGGACCCGCACCCGCUGUCGUCGGCCACCGCCUCGGCCACCGACCCGACCACGCAGUCGAACCCGUGGCCGGCCGACGCGUCCAUCCGCAGGACGGCCAGGGGCCAGGACGGCACCAUGCGCUUCGUCUUUGACCCCGAGGCCGCCAUGGACGAGCAGCACACCGUGAGCAAGUUCUUCAGGGACGAGUACGAGGAGUACGAGGUCGAGGUCGAGGAGCCGGUGCCGCCGCCGGAUAGGGACAGGGAUAGGGAGAGGGAGAGGGAGAGGGAGAGGGAGAGGGAGAGGGAGAGGGAGAGGGAGAGGGAGAGGGAGAGGGAGAGGGAGAGGGAGAGGGAGAGGGAGAGGGAGAGGGAGAGGGAGAGGGAGAGGGAGAGGGAUAGGGACAGGGACAGGGACAGAGACAGGGACAAGGAGAGGGAUGCGGACGAUGGCGGGAGCGCCAGCCACGGGAGGAGCCGCGCCGGGGGGUAUGCCGGGGGGUAUCGGGACCGCGGCGAUCCUAGAAGGGGUGUUCCGUAUGGGGGGUACCGCGCGGAUAGGUACAGGAGGGGGAGGAUCCAUUGA